AACAGGCGAGUGUUGGGGGGGUGGUCCGGGUGAAAAUGGCUGAAUAUUUAGCUUCGAUAUUCGGGACUGAGAAGGACAAGGUUAACUGCUCUUUUUACUUUAAGAUCGGGGCCUGCCGGCACGGGGACCGGUGCUCCCGGCUUCACAACAAACCGACUUUCAGCCAGACCAUAGUGCUGCUCAACCUGUACCGGAAUCCACAGAACACGGCUCAGACUGCAGAUGGCUCCCACUGUCACGUGAGCGACGUGGAAGUUCAGGAGCACUAUGAUAACUUCUUUGAGGAAGUGUUCACAGAACUGCAAGAGAAGUAUGGAGAGAUUGAGGAGAUGAAUGUGUGCGACAACCUGGGGGACCACCUUGUGGGAAAUGUCUAUGUCAAGUUCCGGCGAGAAGAAGAUGCAGAUCGGGCCGUGGCUGAACUCAAUAACCGCUGGUUCAAUGGACAGGCUGUACAUGCUGAACUGUCUCCGGUCACUGACUUCCGGGAGUCGUGCUGCCGUCAGUACGAGAUGGGGGAAUGUACCCGUGGUGGCUUCUGCAAUUUCAUGCACCUUCGACCCAUAUCCCGGAACCUGCGCCGGCAGCUGUAUGGCCGGGGGGCCAGGCGCAGAUCACCCCCGCGGACCUACACUGGCCACCGUCCCCGAGAAAGGAACCGCCGGCAUUCUCCAGACCACCGCCAUGGCCGCUUCUGAGACUCUGGCCCUUUGCCUGAGAGACAUAGAUGUUCCUGGCCAAGACCCCUCCCAGUGCCCCCCUUACUCUCCAGCCUCAACUUCCCCUCACUCCGGGACUCCAUCCUGUAAUCUGUUUAACACAGGGACCAUCUCCCACCAACCCUCUCCUAAUAAAAUUCCCUGUCUCCAGUAG